GGGCAUGCUCAGUCGGCAGAGCCCGUUUUGGUCGCAAGUAGGAAGCUUUGGCGCUACACCCCGCAGCUGAUCUUGGUGCUUCUCGUUUGGGAGACCGGCUAGAGAGUAGCCAACGGGAACAGAAGCAAAAGGCUGCAGCCGCAUGCCGAGCUGGGUCAGAACUAUGGGUGAGCUGCUCCUGUUUGAAGGCCAGCGUGCUGUGGUUGGACCUGCUUAGCUGUGGAACAGAAGGAAAGGCUUAAUGGGAAGUCCAUAGGAGAGAGCUUCUGAGAAAAUAUACUCCUUUUGGUCUGUCUGACCUACUUGAGUGAAUGCUAUUAAUUGACAACGUCUUGGAGGGACAAAAGGAACUUUACCGUCUGUACUUUGUACCAAAGACCUGGGAAAACUAAACAUCCUCAGUCUUUCCUAAAUAUUUGGAAAACGCUGACAAUUCCGGGUAAUGUGCUGACUGGUCACUAUGGGCAGGCGAUACCCAGGAGCUCACUGUCAUCCAAGCAGUUCAUAUUUCAAAUUAUAACCUAUUUCCUGAUCCAUUGCUGGCGCCCAGUGAUCCAUGUCAGAAGUACUUCCAGUUGACUCCAGUGCAGACACCUUGGCAGUGUUUAUGGCCAGCAGCAACACAACAGACGUUGUGAAUAGAAACAGCCCUGCCAUACCACCGAACACCCUUAAUCUUCGCUCCUCCCAUAACGAAUUGUUGAAUGCUGAAAUAAAACACACCGAAACCAAGAACAGCACACCUCCCAAAUGCAGGAAAAAAUAUGCACUAACUAAUAUUCAGACAGCAAUGGGCCUCUCCGAUCCUGCUGCACAACCCCUCCUGGGAAACAGCUCUGCCAACAUAAAGCUGGUGAAGAAUGGUGAGAACCAGCUCCGGAAGGCAGCCGAACAACAGGGGCCUCAGGAUCCAAACAAAAAUGUCUCCCCCACUGCAGUCAUAAACAUAACUUCUGAGAAGUUAGAGGGUAAAGAGCCAAAUCCCCAGGAUUCUUCAGGCUGUGAAAUACUACCAUCCCGGCCCAGGAGAACCAAGAGCUUCCUCAAUUACUAUGCAGACCUGGAAACCUCAGCCCGGGAACUAGAACAGAACCUGGGGAACAGCCAUGUGGUGAUGGAAGAGAAGUCUGGUGGAAGCCAGGACCAGGCCUCCAACGUGAUUGGGAAUGGGGAUGUGCUGCCACGGAAACCAAAUAAGCAUCAGUCAAGUCCAGAGGAUGGUCAAGUGGCCACUGUGUCCUCUAGCCCUGAGACCAAGAAGGACCAUCCUAAAACAGGGGCUAAGACGGAUUGUGCUCUCCACCGGAUUCAGAACCUGGCUCCGAGUGAUGAAGAAUCUAGCUGGACCACGUUAUCCCAGGACAGUGCUUCACCUAGCUCCCCAGAUGAAACAGCGGACAUAUGGAGUGAUCAUUCAUUUCAAACGGAUCCAGAUUUGCCACCUGGAUGGAAAAAAAUCUGUGAUAUUGCUGGGAUUUAUUACUGGCACAUACCAACGGGAACAACUCAGUGGGAACGCCCUGUGGCCAUCCCAGCAGAUCUUCAAGGCUCUAGAAAAGGGUCCCUUAGUUCUGUAACUCCAUCUCCCACUCCAGAGAAUGAGAAACAGCCAUGGAGUGAUUUUGCUGUUCUGAAUGGGGGAAAGAUUAAUAGUGACAUUUGGAAGGAUUUACAUGCAGCCACAGUUAACCCAGAUCCCAGUUUAAAAGAGUUUGAAGGAGCAACCUUACGCUAUGCAUCUUUAAAACUCAGACAUGCCCCACAAGCUGAUGAUGAUGAUUCAUGUAGUAUCAACAGUGACCCAGAAGCCAAGUGCUUUGCUGUCCGAUCUCUGGGAUGGGUAGAAAUGGCAGAAGAAGACCUUGCCCCUGGUAAGAGCAGCGUGGCUGUGAAUAACUGCAUCCGACAGCUUUCAUACUGCAAAAAUGACAUCCGAGACACAGUCGGCAUUUGGGGAGAGGGAAAAGACAUGUAUCUCAUCCUGGAGAAUGAUAUGCUGAAUCUGGUUGACCCCAUGGAUCGGACUGUCCUUCAUUCUCAACCUAUUGUGAGCAUCCGUGUGUGGGGUGUGGGCCGAGACAAUGGCCGAGAGAGAGAUUUUGCUUAUGUAGCAAGAGAUAAAGACACAAGAAUUUUGAAAUGUCACGUAUUUCGAUGUGACACGCCAGCAAAGGCCAUUGCCACAAGUCUUCACGAAAUCUGUUCUAAGAUUAUGGCUGAACGGAAGAAUGCCAAAGCUGUUGCCUGCAGCUCAUUACAGGAAAGAACUAAUGGGAAUCUUGAUGUUCCUUUGCAAGUAGAUUUUCCAACACCAAAGACUGAGCUGGUACAGAAGUUCCAUGUGCAGUACUUGGGCAUGUUACCUGUAGAUAAGCCAGUAGGUAUGGAUACCCUAAAUAGUGCCAUAGAAAGUCUUAUGAGUUCAUCAAACAAAGAAGAUUGGCUGCCAGUUACCAUGAAUGUUGCUGAUGCCACUGUGACUGUCAUUAGUGAAAAGAAUGAAGAGGAAAUUCUGGUGGAGUGCCGUGUUCGAUUCCUGUCCUUCAUGGGAGUUGGCAAAGACAUUCAUACUUUUGCCUUCAUCAUGGACACAGGGAAUCAGCGUUUUGAGUGCCAUGUCUUCUGGUGUGAGCCUAAUGCAGGCAAUGUAUCAGAAGCAGUACAGGCUGCAUGUAUGUUACGGUAUCAGAAGUGCUUGGUUGCCCGACCUCCUUCACAGAAAGUUCGGCCACCCCCUCCUCCAGCAGACUCAAUGACCAGAAGAGUCACAACCAACGUAAAACGAGGCGUCUUAUCUCUCAUUGACACUUUGAAACAGAAACGUCCUGUUACUGAAACGCCGUAACUACACACAUUAAAGGAUUCUGUUAUACUUACCUGAAGAGCUAGUAGCUACGUACACUACAGAACAUGAACUAUUUUGCCUUCCAUUCAAUUGCUGAUGCUUUGUCUUCAGAAAAUAAAUCCUUAACAAAACAAUGUUAGACAAGCAUGUUCUCUCGUCCUUGCCACCAUCAUGUGAUAUGAAAAGAAGCAUGAAUAAUUUUUUUGCUGUCAGUGAGUUACAUCAUGAGCGGUGGAAGGUCUGUUAUUGUAAAUAUUCUGAACAGGACCUAACUUCACACACACAAGAGAAGAAAGUGGCCACACCCCUCCUGGUAAACUAAAGGCUAAGUCCUUGGAGUGAAGGAUGCCUGAGGUCCUUGUUUCACUGUCUUUUUUGAGCAGGAUUUGUCACAAGCAACUUUUAAGUCCUUCAGCACUUUGCCCUGUUUGCAACACUGGAGUAGAUACUGCGUGAUAGUUAGCAUUGAAUUCCUGUAGGAUAGGAUUACAAGGUUUUUUGUUUGGUUUUGUUUCUUACAAAAUAGCAUCUGUUUGUUGACAAAAUUGUUCGUUGCCGUUGGUCUAGAAACCACCUGACAGCUUUGUUUGACAUGCUUUUGAACCAUGGACACCCUUUUAUGUCGACUACUGUUUAUGUAUUAUGAUGUUGGAGGGGAGGGGGAAAUUAAGCUUGAAAAUUGUCAAAUUGCAUCAUUUUGAGGAAUCAAAAAAGUCAGCCUUUCAUUUCAGACAAGUAUUUCCAUCAGAUGAUUUUCAAACUAACUCUAAAAAAUGAGAAUAGUAAAAUGAAAGUGUGAUGCAUUUUGGGUGGGAUGUAUUCCAAUACUCUGCCUUACAUUGAACAAUGCAAUUAGAGAAUGUUGGCUAUUUGCUGUAGCUCAGUAUAGUCAUUCUCUAUGUAAACACCGUUAAAAUGAAAUCAAUCCACCUAUCUAUACCUUUCAUCCUUAGAGUGUGAUCUUGAUCUAUUAUGCAAAUUAUAAUUGAAGGAAUGCCAUUCACACAAUGUUAUUCACAUACAUUUAGAUUUCACCACUUGGUGAAGUCUUAUCUACAUUAGCCACCUUUUAGCUGGUAUUACUUUGAGAUUCUACACCUGGCUCAGUCUAGUUGACUACAUUUUGCUUAGAAAUCUCUUCUAUCAUAUUUUUUCAUGGUAACAAACUACAUAUAGCAGUAACAAUAUAUCAAAUUUGUGCAUUGAAGACCAGGAUAUAUAGAUUUCUAUGCCACUAAUAGGUGCUUUUCCUCCUUUCUUUUGGUUUCUUUCACUUGUUUUAAAAUUUGAAAUAUUUUUUAUUUCAGAUCAGAACAAAAUAUUCCUAGGUGUGAUGGAACAUAGAGUACUUCCCCAAUAUUUUCUGCCUAUUUGUUUCUAUCUAAAAAUAUGACUUAACUGAACAGAUAGAAAAAUCUAGACAUUGAUCUAUUAUUUCAAAAGGACAUUAUCAAGGUGAUUAAAUAUUGGUCAUUUAUGUUCAAUUUAGAACAUCAAAUUUGAUUUUUUUCACUUCUAAUUACAGCAGUAUAUUAACCCUUUAUAUCUGUAACAUACCUAAAACCUUUCAAAGUAUUUUUCAGUCAUUACCUCAUCUAAGCAUCAUAAUAACCCUGUGAGACAAAGCUGGUGACAGAUUGGGGGGGAAAACUGAAUUCCAGAUAAGUUGUGACUUGCCUGAGGUCAAGUUAGCAAGAGAGCCUGGACGCCAACCCAGGUCUUCCCGACUCUUAUUUCAGUGUCCUUUCUACUCUAUCAGGCUGUCUUCACACCAGUCAUAAGAGUCCUUUCAAAAGCCUGAAGGCAAAUGCAAAAAAAAAAAAGAAGAAGAAGAAGAAGAAAAAUGGAAAGAUUCAUUUUCAGGCAAUUCUGGAAUUCCUAUAAAUAAACAGGGGGAAAAUAUGUCCGGAUGAUGCUGAGAAGAAUUUACUGUAGAAUCAGUCUCCCACCCCACAAAAAUAAUGUGUACAGUAGAAGCAGAAGCUACAUGAAUUUCCCUGCUUACCCAUAUACCUGUUCUGGGGAAACAUCUUGGGGAAUAUAGAUGCUUCUAUCUACACAGCUUUAAUCUAUGUGACUUGUCAGUAAAUUGAAGUUAAUAGGACUUCAUUCUGCUGCUUACUAUGUUCUGAUUAGUUUUUAAGGCAAUUGGUGGUUGGUCUCCUAAUGUUAGGCACUAUUGUUAACUCUGGAAAUGGGAGCGUUUUCUUCCAAAUCCCCACCUAAUGGAACCCACUGAGUUCCAGAGCACUAGUUGGGUAGUUCACACUUAAUAAUUCUGGCCCCUACUGAUAUCUACCACCUGAAAUGGCCAGUGAAUCUUGAAGUAAAUUCUAAAUUAUGAAAACCCUGACUAUGUCCUUUUAAGAAGUUCUUGUUCAAAAUUCUACCCAGAAUUCCAUCAUGUUGACAUUCCAACUUGGUGAUUUCCAAGGCAAAAUGACAUUCAGUAUGAAACUUUAAAAAAAUCAAAUAAGCCACUUUCAUUUAGAAAAAUUCCAUCAGAACUGAAAGUUCAUUUUUCUUUAUUUUUCAAGGUAUCUGUUUUGUUGUCAGGAUCAAGAACACUGAGCUAGCUUUGAGCAACAAACUGAUUUCUAUAUAUAUGCAAUUAUAGGAAGCAUUAAGACAAAUAAUAGACAUUACAUAUGAAAACAUAUUUGCAGAUAUUUUGUUUUUAAAAUAGCUUUGCAUAUUUACCUAAAUGCUAAUUAAUUUUAUAAAACUGAUUAUUUUAAACAGUAUGUUCAGACACUUUCUGCCAUGGCCAAAAAGUAUGUAUGAAGUAAGUGUAUGUGUGUGUGCUUGUGUGUGCGAGUGUGAGAUCGAGAGGGAGAAUACCAAUGUUUUACCCAAUGUUGUAGUGACACUUCAGUUAUCUAUGCAUUCUUUCUAUCUAGUGAUUCUGUAAGCAGGCAGCCAUGUGCACUAUGCCUUGUAUGUCUUGUGUCAUUUUUGAAUUAACCUGUUAAAUACAGCUUAAAAUAUUUUUAUUUUAUUUAUUCUAUUUUUACUGAAAUAUACUGCAUUAUUAUGUUAAUGUAUUAUCUUUACUGGACAUUAUUUCACAAUGUAUCCAGUUCUAAGUAAUCUCCGUGUAUUAUAGGUUACCUAAAAGGUGGUUUUGUAAUGAUUUGUAGUCAUAUUUUUAUUGGAGUAUGUAGAAGAAAUGGCAAAAUGUGUAAAGUUCAUUUCUUUUAUUUUUUAAAAAGCAAUUAGAAAGAUAGAUGCAGACAUACCACCUCAUAAUAUGCUCCUUGAGAACAAGGAAAAUGUAGCCAACACCGUCUAUAACUUAAGCUUUUACUUUGCAGACUGAAACACUAAGUUGUACUUUUUAGUGUCCUUUAAAAUACUUGCUCUUUCAUUUACGAUUGUAUACAUGCCCCCUUUUUCCCACCUCGAUAUAUGACCAUCUACAACUAAUUAGAAUACUGUUUUAAAAUGCAUGAUGGGUUAUUAAUCCCACUCCCAUUAAAAUGAGUUUUUAGAUGAUAAACUGUGGGCACAGCAACCUAGAGCUUAAAAAGAAACCAAAAACCUCUGUUUUAAAAAUGGAAAGUUGUAACACUAUCCUGCACUAAUUUGCUACAAGCCCUAAUUCUUUCUUCCUGUAUAGCAACCAAAAUGUUUCUUAUGCCCUUUUAGAAGAGCUUUAUUUCCAAAGCUGAUAUUAGUUCAGCUUAAAUAUUAAAAACAUUAUUAGCUCUGUGUUCAACAAGCUUAGUUAUCUUAAUAUGUGGUUCAAACGUGCUUUACAGUCAGCAAAAGGAGGCUGGAGCUUCAGGGAAGGACACUUGCUCGCAGUUUAUCAUGUUAAAGAGCUCACUUCUAAUCAAAGCAGCUUAUUCCAAAAACAAAUCUUUGCUUUCCUUUAUUUUUUCCUUUUUGCUGUUGACCACUUUUACACAUUUAAAUGUAAUUUGUUGUGAGAAUAAACUUAGCUGCAUAAAA